UAAGGGAUGACGCGCCACAAGGGCAGAAGCCCGCAGAGAGAGAAACGAUGCGCGCCCCCGGGGCCAGCGGAUGCGCGAGCACGAGAGGCCGGCUUCCAGAAUGAGUCAUCUCUUUGUUUCACUCGUUGCUUUCAUCAUAAAACUGGCAGCUGCUCAGGGCUUUUCAGAUGGUGAUUUGAAGAUUGAAUGUGUGAAAAAUCAGAUCACGGUGAAGUUUGGAGAAGAUCUUGUUAUCCGCUGCUGCCAUCACUUUGUGGAUGAACCCAGUGCCAUUACUUUCAGUUGGAUGAAGAUGGAGACUAUGGGUGUUAUCUACAAUUAUACAAUGAGCCACAGCAGCCUGGAGGAGCAAGAGCCCAGCUACAGAGACAGAGUCAAGGUCUUUGACAACGAGAUUCCAAAAGGGAAUGUGUCGCUGAGAUUGAGGAACGUGACUCUGUCUGACUCGGGUAUCUACAGACUCUCCGUUGCCACACGAUCCCAAAGCACUGAGACGAUGGUUGCUGUGGGAGUAAGAGCUGUAGGUGCACAGCCGGUCAUCCGCUCGUAUGUUACUGAUCAGGGCUUCUCCAAACUGGUAUGUGAGUCCUCGGGAUGGUUCCCAGAGCCCACUGUGAUCUGGGAGAAUAGCCUGGGGGUGCAACUGACACAGUAUGCGCACACGGAGACAAUCAAUGGGACCGGUGGGUUUCUCCACAUGAGGAGCACGAUUGGACUAGACCACGGACCGAUCAGCAAUUACACCUGCACCAUGAUGGACCGGCACCUGAAUGAGGCGGUCUCAUUUGUUUUUGUUGUUCUGAUUGCAGGAUCGCCUUGGAACAUCGUAGUCGGGACGGCUGGGACCAUUGUCUUUUCUGUGAUUUUGGCUGUUUCAGUUUACUGGAGUUGGUAACAAGAUAGAAGAGUUUCCCUUGUGUGACUGUCCCUGAAGACCCUGUUUGUUUAAAGGACAUACCUGGUACGAACACAAGAUGAGAUGCAGUGGUUGGAAGGAAAUUAUUUCUGCCCAGUACACAAGGGCACGUUCUGCUUCUUCCUUGAAGACGCCGGAGCCAACAGAAUUCCAGCACUCUCUAUUUCCUGAGUGCGGUUCUUCUGCAAAAUUAGUGCCUUUUUUUUAAGAAAAUGAGCUUAUUUUUGCACUUUACAGUGUGGCCUCAGCACUGUGUGUGUGUGUGAAAUUUUAACAUUAACCAUGCUUACCACAGUGAUGUUGACAAACCCAAACCACUUAUAAUCAGGAGCUCUGCAGCUCAGAAUGAUGUGAUUUGUACUAAUCCGUGAAUAUCUGCUUUCCCCUUACCAUCCCAGUUGAGGAUAUGAGGCUCUACCAUUCAUUCUGUUUAUCAUGUUAAAAACUGUGUAUGACUUAUCUCAGUUCAUGUAGGUUUUUGAAAAGUCAUGGACUCUAUGCAACGUGAUUCCCUUUCCACUGAGCAUGAGCUAAACUUGCAGAAUUCUAAAAGCAUUGAAGUAAAUUCUCCUCUGCCUAGGUUAUCUUGGAGAGCUCUGGGAUAGAGCUUCAACGUUAACAACCUUAGCUUAUUUGCCAGCCUUAUAAGAACCAUGGUGCUUAAUUUUGUAAAUGCUACACCCUUCCGGACUGUGGGAAUUGCUGCUAAGGAUUUAUAACAUAGGAAAAGCUAGUAUGUGCUAUAUAAGACCAAAUCCCACUGUAGUGCUCUCUCCCUAAAAUCUUAGAGCGUUCUCUGCUGCAGAUCUACCAUUCCCUAGAAUGACAUACUGUAAUCGAAAUGUCUGUUCCAGAUGCUGCCUCUUGCUCUUAAUGACUAUUUGAGGCUGCACAAAUUAUUUUAACCCCAUUCAACUGCCAGAAUGUUUUUCAAUCCUUCCGACAUUAACUCCAAAGGGAGUCAUGAUGUAGUUGUAUUGUCACUUUGGUGAGUAAUCCCAAGCAGCAUAUUAAUACUCUGGGAAUGUGGGUUUAAAUCUCGCCUUGGCAGAUGGUGAAACUUUAAUCAAUAAAUUUGGAAUUAAUAGUAA